GAAUGACGCGAGCUUCCAAGACGGCACCUUCAAUCCCCUUUCCGUCUGCACUGAUCCGUCCCUGCUCAUGGCGCCCAACGGCUUCGCAUCACCCGUCGCAUCCUGCACAUCUUCCACGUCCGACCUCGUUUCUCCUUUGGAUGAGACGUUCUCGCUCCCCGGAAUGGCGGGUAACUUCCCACUGCCGAACGAAAUGUACUCACCUGUCGUACAUGGCCCGGAGUCCUAUGUGCAUGACGGCUCAAAGCCGGAUUAUGCCAUGCAAGCGUUCCAGUACGCGCCGUGCUGGCAGGAUCCUUCUCUAUUCUCCUCGAACGAGAUGUUAUUCUCGUCCGACUUCGACGUCAACAAUGUUCCGAGCGUCGAACUGGGCUUGCCAAAAAUGAACGAGAACUCAGUCGCCUUCCCCUCACACUACGGCAGUCUGGACGGUCAAGGUCAAUACACCGAGUUCUCGCAGCCUGGCCAGCAUCACAACGCGGACGCCAUGGGCGGACCAUACGCAAGGAUAUUUCACGACUAUCACGACGACACGGGACACUAUUGAACUAGCAAUGCAUGCUGGCGUCCAUUGAGUAUUUAUUUGUAUGGAUAGUUGUAAGUUCUCACGUACGUUUGCACGGGCCCUCCCAGUUGUAUUUCUCUUUCUCUUUAUUCUGGAGUAUGCCGCGUCACCCGCCGUUGUAACCGUAGCACCACCCUUUCCCCUCCUCCCUGCAUUCUCUCGGGCUCCUUAGAUUUUCCCCGCCCGCACCGUCCCCAAUGCCUCACGCGUCAUACCCCAUUCGGAUAUACCCUCAUUGCUUGACGACCUCCCCUUUCAUAGUAUUUAUGCCACGUGUACGUACCUUGCGACACCCAUACACUUUCCGGGGAUUUACGACCAAUACACAAAA